AUGGCAUCGAACAAUGUGAAAAGAGUGGCUGUCAUUGGAGCAGGGAUUAGUGGAGUAUGCUCGGCGGCGCAUCUCUUGAAGCAGGGUCCCGAAGUCAUUCUGUUUGAGAGGUCUGGAAUAGCUGGAGGUGUAUGGCAUUUUGACGAGAGAUCUGCACUCGAACCCUCGUAUCCGAAUGAGAAUCCAUCUCUGGGAGAUUACAAAACAACCUUGCCGCAUGCCGACGAUACGCCACCCCCAGAAUCCGGGGAAGACCUAGGUCUAGAAAUCAUCCUUGCGCCUCCUGGACCUUGUUAUGCUGGGCUCAUGAACAAUGUCUCGACGAGGCUUAUGAAAACAAGCCUUCUGGAUUGGCCGGAGGGAACUGAGGAUUUUGUCAGUCAGAAGGUUUUAGAAGAAUACGUCCAAACCAUCGCAGAUGUUCAUGGUGUUUCUGCCGUCGCCCGGUAUCACACUCGAGUAGAGGACGUCCAAAAGCGGGGCACGGAAUGGGUCAUACGAACGACGACUUUGCACAAGGCGUCUUUCGGAUCGCAGCUGGUGCAGCGACAAUGGAUUUUCGACGCGAUCAUCGUCGCUUCUGGGCAUUAUAACAUGCCUCGCGUGCCUGAUUUUCCCGGUCUCCAGGAGUGGAAACAUGCCAGGCCCGAUCGGGUAUGGCACUCAAAAGGGUACAGAAAUCCUCAACUCUUCAAGGAUCAAAAUAUUCUUCUGAUCGGCGCGGGUGUCUCCUCUUGUGACAUCGCGAAGGAAUCCAGUGCAUAUGCACAACACAUUUUCCAGAGCUCUCGAGGUGGAGCGCUCGAUCUUCCCGCGAGUAUAUUGCCCAACAACGCCACACGAGUUGGUGGGAUCAAGUCAUUCGAACUCGAUGAGCGUCGACUCGAUGAGAAGAGUUCCGACUCGGACCCCAUUCCAGGGAAGAUUAUUCUCGACGACGGUCAGGAGUUAACCAACAUUCACUCGGUCGUCCUCUGCACCGGGUACAUCAUUUCGUACCCAUUUCUUCCCAACUUGCAUUCUGAUACGACCCCGGCACACCAGGCGGAUGAAUCUGUGCUAGUGACGGCCGACGGGAACAUGGUCCACAACCUGUACAAGGACAUAUUCUACAUUGAAGAUCCUUCUCUGAUCUUUGUUGGUGUGCCAUACCACAUUUCAACCUUUUCCUUCUUCGACAUGCAAGCCCAAUCCGUAGCGAGAGUCCUGGGUGGGAAGGCGUCACUGCCAACACAACAAGAAAUGCGAGAUGACUACGCACAGCGAGUGAAGAGGAGUGCCCUAGGCAGAGACUUCCACAGUCUUCGAGGCUCCAAUGAAGAACAAGCAUACGUUGCUGACUUGGUAGAGUGGAUGAAUCGGGACGCAGUCAGGUUGGGAAUAGAAGACAAAAUGCAAGGUCAUACCCCGGAAUGGCAUGAAGCGAAAAAAGAUAUGGAGGAAAAGCUCAAGUGGCUGAGGGAUCGGCCACCAAAGCAGGGCAUAAGUCAAAUUUGA